AUGGACUAUUUCACAUUUCACGGCACUUUACCUUUUGUGUUGGGUAACGGGGGUGCCGUAUGUAUGCGCUUUUGUAGUAUUGUAUAUCUGAUGUUCAACGGUUCUUGUAGAGAAAAUAUUCCGUCAGAGAGCAGCGCUGCAAAUUCGCCCGAGUUAUCUGCUGCGUUUGAUGUACUCUAUUCCCCUACAUCGGAGGCUUGGGAUUACAUUAACAGAAGCGAAGAGGACAACAGUCAUACUGUUGAGGAUGACUCUGGUGACAGCAGUGGCAAAUGUGGCAGCAACCCUGAUGGAGAGGGAAACUCCUUGCAUGCUCAGUUUUCCUUUAUGCCAAUUGUUCGUUCCGUCCUCAGGCAUAUUGAGUUGAUGACUGCUACUCAAAAGCGUCCCAAGGUGUGGACUGGGCGCCGUCGCCAUGGACGGGGCAGGAGCGGUCGGACGACGAGGGAAAGACACGGCUGGCCUCAUCUUGUGGAAUGGGUUUCCAGCGAGAUGGAGACGCUUCUAUCAUGCACCCUGCAUGGCAUCAUUGUCUUCAUGCUGUAG